GUAGCGCGUCUGACUCCAGAUCAGAAGGUUGCGUGUUCAAAUCACGUCGGGGUCAAGUUAAAAAUUUUUGUUUUUUUCGGCAAAAAUAAUUAUAAAAACGAGUUUUUCGGGUCAGGCUCGCCUACCCCAUCAUUUUGAGCCAUUUGGUUCCAUUUAAUUGUGCGCGAUUGAAGAAAUACGAGAAAUAGUUCUGGGCCCACUGGGCUAACCUAAAAAUUCAUGGUCUCGCCACGUGGAGCGGGUCAAUUACAACGACCAAAUAAAAGGAAAGGUGAAACCACCCCAGGGGACGAAAGGAGCAGGGCAAUAAAAAUUGGAAAGGUAAAUCUGACGGACCUGAUUGACAGGGAAUACAAAAAACUUUUGAAAGACGAAGGCAGACAGGCGAAGCACAAUGUGCGACCUAACCUAGCAAAUUCGAGGGCGACCAACGAUAAUAGACAACAGGAGAAUAAUCCUCCUAUGAUUUUAUCCAAUGACGAAGCCACUCAGGACAACGAGGGAUGGCAGAUUGCACGUAAGCGAGGUAGAACAGCAGCUUCGCCAGAACCGAAAGAAACGCCAACCAACAACAGCUUUGAAAUGCUACAAGACAGCGGUUCAGGAGCGACUCAACCAGUAGCGCACAAAUCAAGGAUCUCAUCAACCUGUUCGAUAACAAUCUCAAUGAACAGAAUGAUUACAGGCUGAGCGCUCCAGGAGAAUCUACAUUCGUGAAGGUAACAACAAGAAACGUA